CAAUAACCCUUUUAUUGUGAAAGGUGAGAGCGGAAGCCGUGUGUGUCGCCGCGGUGCUGCUGCAGCAGAGGAGCCGUCAUGUCGCUGCAGUUCACAGAUGAAGAGUUCCAGGAGGCGUGGAGGGAGCUGGACGAGCCGCAGCUGGAGGGAGGAUGGGAGCUCUUCACCGAGACGAUGGGAGUGAAAAUCUACCGGCUCUUGGACAAGGAAACUGGACUUUACGAGUACAAAGUCUUUGGUGUGCUCGACACCUGCACUCCAGAGCUGUGUGCAGAUGUCUACAUGGACUUGAAGUAUCGCAAACACUGGGAUUCAUAUGCAAAAGAGCUCUAUGAGAAGGACUUCGACGGACAGCAUGCAAUCUACUGGGAAGUAAAAUACCCUUUCCCGCUGUCAAACAGAGACUACGUGUAUGUGAGGGAGAGGAAAGACCUGGACGUGGACGGCAGGAAGAUCUGGGUGAUCCUGGCCAGAAGUUCUCCGGAGACGGCGUGUGCAGAGAAGAGCGGAGUGCUGCGGGUCAAAGACUACAAGCAGAGCGUCGCCCUGGAGAGCGAUGGAGGCUGUGGAACCAGAGUUUUCCUGAAUUACUUCGACAACCCUGGUGGCAUGAUUCCUACCUGGCUGGUGAACUGGGCAGCUAAGAGUGGCGUCCCGGGGUUCCUGACAGACAUGCAGAAGGCCUGCAGCAACUACGGCAGCUACUGCCAGAAGAAAUGAAACUGACAGAACGGCGGCUCACGCACAAAAGGGCUCGGUUCUUAGUUUACUUAUUUUAGUUUUGGAAGGUUUUUUGAUGAUUAAAUUAGAGGUUUUUUUCCUGUGGGGGGGGGGCUGCUACUCGUCGCUGUAGCAUGCUGUUUUCUCAGGCAUGACGUGCAUGACCAGCCGUCCUCAAUAAUCGGCUGCUGUUGGAUCAGUUCUGUUCUGUACUGUAAUAACUGAAUACUGUGUCGUCUCUUCUGUGCAAUCACUGUUCACUCCUCUUUCCUCCAGGGUUCAGGGGCGUCCGUAGAAUAUUAUUUAAAGACUUGUUUAGAGUUUAAACAUGAUUCUCAGAUGUAUUGUGUUGCUACUUUGGGGCAAAUGAUUUCAUCCCUUUAUAUUUGUGUUUAGAAACUGAUUUAUUCUGUGUUCAGUCACACUGGAAUCUUUUUAUCUUCAUGUGUUAUAACGAAGUAAAAAUGACAAAUCUUCUCUGUUUCCUGAUGGGCGUCUCGUGAUUAUUAUUAUUUUUUUUUUCCCAUGAUGUCAUUACUUAUGCAACAGUAGUGUCAUGACACUCUGUGCUGAUUUAUUAUGGGUGCGUAUGAUCAAAGGUACGGGGAUCUGAACUCAUACUGCGCUGUGCUCCAGUUCAUACAGGUGAAUGUGGUUUUAUCUGGUCAUGACAACAACAAAAAAAAGCCUAUUACUGUGUAAUACUGCUGUGUUAUUGAGAUGAAUAAAGUAUUAUCUGAAAUUUGGA